GAGUUUUAAGCUUCCCAAAGCGUUUGUUUUAUCCUCUCAGAGAGCUUUCUUUAGUGAUGGCGGCGCUUAUCCGGUGUUGCUCCUCCUUCUCUCAUACUUCCGGUGGCCAACCACCGCCGCGUGACAAGUCUCGAGCUCCAGAGAUUGGAAAAUUUGCUACAUCUAUUGGCUACUCAGUAGUCAGAAAACCUGGGGAUCAUCCUCCUUUCUCCAAAAUUAUACAUUCGUCUUCACAGCCUAAGGAGCGACAAGGAAAGGGAAUCUUACAAACGCCAUUUGCCAGUGUGGGAUCUCUUGACAAGUUUUCAGCUUUUGAGGUAGUUUGGUGAUGAAUUCCGGGAUGUCUAGCUAUAUCCAGCUAAAACACAUUAUAUUGUUUGACUCGGUUUAUUUUUUGUUGUCAAGUUUUUUCUUAGUGAUAGUAAGCUUUUAGAUAUGGAUGUGGCAGGGAAUUGGGAGGCUCAAAUUACCGGUGAUGGCAGUGUUGUUGACAAACUCCCUUCAGAUGGCUACACCUCUUGAAGCUUUGGCUGCUGAGAUAUGUGAGCCUGAGAGCUCCAUGUUCAGCAUGCCUAUUUUGUUGCUUGUUGCUCUUAUUGGAGCCACCGUUGGAGGGUUGCUUGCUCGGCAGAGGAAAGGGGAGUUACAGAGGUUGAAUGAACAACUACGACAGAUUAACGCAGCUCUUAGGAGACAAGCCAAAAUCGAGUCUUAUGCACCAAGCUUGAGUUAUGCUCCAGUGGGAGCAAGAAUCCCAGAUAGUGAAAUCAUUGUGGAACCAAAGAAACAAGAGUUGAUUUCCAAGUUGAAAACAGGAAAAACCUUUCUUAGGAACCAAGAACCAGAGAAAGCUUAUACAGAGUUCAAGAUAGCUUUGGAACUUGCCCAGAGUCUCAAAGACCCCACCGAAGAAAAGAAGGCUGCAAGAGGCCUAGGCGCCUCGCUGCAGCGCCAAGGGAAGUAUAGGGAAGCCAUACAGUAUCACUCCAUGGUUCUAGCCAUCUCAAAGAGGGAAAGUGAAGAUUCUGGAAUCACUGAAGCAUAUGGAGCUAUUGCAGACUGUUAUACCGAGCUGGGAGAUCUCGAGAAAGCUGGAAAGUUCUAUGAUACGUACAUUGCUCGGUUAGAGACUGACUGAUCCUUCCGCAAUGUUUUUUUCUUUGUUGUCUGUUUAUGUUCAUGUAAAAUCACAUAGAAUGGAUAUCCAAAUCCCUUUUAUUGAAUGUAAUUCGCUUGUCUUAC